AUGGCGUCCGCGGCGGCUGCCAGCUGCCAAGAUGGCGGCGUGGGGGCGGCGCCCGCGCCCGGGGCUGUCCUCUCCCGGUAUUCCUCCGGCUGGAAGCGCGAUUCGCGUUGCCGUGCACCGGUUGCCUUUUGGCCCAGGUGGUGGUCCCGGCCGCUUCCCGCCCCGCCAUGUGGCUCCUCGGCUGGUGGCAGGUACUGCUGUGGAUGCUGGGGCCUCCCGCCCGCGGCCUGGAGGUUGCAGAGGAGAGAGGUCACUUAUGGUCAGGGGAGCAGCCUGCGCGCCCUCUCCACGUGGGGGCAGUGUACACGAGUGAAGAGCCUUCACAUGGCCCGAUGGGCCAGGACACGUCAGCAGAAGAGGCCGAGGCAGUGUUGGGGCUGGACACUGAAGGCGACCACAUGGUGAUGUUGUCUGUUAUUCCCGGGGAAGCCGAGGACAAACUGAGCUCAGAGCCCAGCGGCGGCACCUGCGGGGCCGGAGGGGACGAGGACUCGCGGUGUGACCUCGGAGGGAGCCUCUUCUCUCUGGGCAGCGCUGGAGUGAACUUCCGGGAUAGAGAAGAGGAGGAUUACACGGAGCCGGAAGUGGCGGAAUCUGACGCGGCCCCCACGGAGGACUCCAAUCACACCGACAGUCAGAAAUCCCCCAAGGUGAACUGCGAGGAGAGAAACGUCACGGGACUAGAAAAUUUCACCCUGAAAAUUUUAAAUAUGUCACAGGACCUUAUGGAUUUCCUCAACCCCAAUGGUAGUGACUGCACGCUAGUCCUGUUCUACACCCCGUGGUGCCGAUUCUCUGCCAGUUUGGCCCCUCAUUUUAAUUCUCUGCCCCGGGCAUUUCCAGCUCUUCACUUUUUGGCACUGGAUGCAUCUCAGCACAGCAGCCUUUCUACCAGGUUUGGCACCGUAGCUGUUCCUAAUAUCUUGUUAUUUCAAGGAGCUAAACCAAUGGCUAGAUUUAAUCAUACAGACCGAACAUUGGAAACACUGAAAAUCUUCAUUUUUAACCAGACAGGUAUAGAAGCCAAGAAAAAUGUGGUGGUAACUCAAGCUGACCAAAUAGGCCCUCUUCCCAGCACUUUGAUAAAAAGUGUGGACUGGCUGCUUGUAUUUUCUUUAUUCUUUUUAAUUAGUUUUGUUAUGUAUGCUACCAUUCGAACUGAGAGUAUUCGGUGGCUAAUUCCAGGACAAGAGCAGGAGCAUGCGGAGUAGGAUGGACUGAAAGAAUCUGGAAAGAAGAAUUUCAGUCCUUCAUUUUGGAAAUUAAUGCUGCACUUUCAUUUUCUCCAGUGAAAUAUUGAUUUACAACUUCAGUCAGAUUAAAAGAAUCAUGUGCAUUUUUUGGGACUGUGGAACAUGUAAAAAAAUUAUAAAUUGGUGUUUUAACUAGUGUUGCAAUAAGCAAAUGCAAAAAUAUUCAAUAGACUUCACCAUUCUUGUUUUUACUACUUGAACAUAAUCCAGUAUUUUAAGGGAGUAAUCCAGUUUGAAAUGUGAAGAUGUAUUCUGGUGGAAUAGUGAGUAGAAUGGCAGUAUGCUUACUGUAUAGAAGGCAGAAAUAAGAAUUUCAGAUAGUUUUAGAAAACUCUUGAUUCCUUAUAUAUAAGAAAGUUGGUUUUCUAUUCAUUUGCAGUUUCUCACAGUCUAUAAGUAGGAAAGUGUUGUGGGAAGAAUAAAUAGAAUAAUAAGUGUGACCUUACAAGUAGCAACUGAUGGGAAAAUAAAAGUAAAAUAUUGGGUUGUCGGAAAAGUCAUGAAUGCAUUUUUGCAAUGAAAAACAGAAAAAAUACAUCAUGACUUUUCCGACAACUCAAUACCUUGGUGCUUUGAUAAAUCACUGAAAGAAUUUUAAAUUAAGAAGUUGUUUCUGGGUAAGGCAGAUGUUAGGAGAAAAUAAAUAUUAUAACUAAAGCUUCUUUAUUAUCAGUUCUAUGAUAAAGUAUAACUUAAAUUUUAGUGUUAUCUAACCAGCAUGCAUUAAUUGAACCUUAAAAUGUUCCUAGCACUGUGCUAGGUUUAGUGAGAGCCAAAAGAAAUAUAAAAUGCUGUUCUUGCCCACAGGUUGAUUUUCGUCUAGUUUUAGAACACAUGUAGAAAAGACACAACGUGUAAUUUAUAUAAAUGUUUUUGAAAAGCUCUUUCUAAAAGAUCCCUUAAAUUCAGAUUGGCACUACUGCUUGGUAUCCUUAUUUUACAGAAGAGUAAAUGGGCCCCAAAUAACUUGCUCUUGGUCAUGCUGCUUCUAGUGGUGGGACCCAGCGUCAGACCUAAGCAUAUGUGGGGACAGUACCCUGCCUUGCCUCUAUGCCAUGGCCUAAGCGACCAUGGUAUGUGUUUUCCUCUAGUCUUUCUCUUAUGAGUUUCCCAUAGUUGUAGUCAUGACAUAGCUAUAAUUUAGCACCUUGUGUAUGGUGGGGUUAUUUUGCUUAACAAAUGAUAGUUCACUGUUGGUAUUUUCCUAACCAUGGCUACAUAAUAGGCCUUUGAGUAGAUUCAGCAUUACUUAGGUGUCUUCUUUUGCUGGAUUUAUAAUUGUAUAUAGUCUCAUUUCCUUGGGGGAAGAUUCCCAGAGUGGGAGUUAUCCUAUUAAAGACAUAGGAAUUGUCAUGCCUUUCUGAUAUGUAAUGGGGCCCUACUCUAGUCUGGGUGUGUGUGAAAGGCUCCUAGGAUGACCAACAGAUCCAUGGCUUUGCUUCUAAUACCUAGCUGAGA